GCUCAAGCUGCUAGGCACUGGCUCUUCUCCACAGUUCUUUACCCACACCAGUACGACGACUACUCUUGGAACGACGACAGCAAAAUUUGCGGUGAAAACAUAAGGAUUUUGGAUUAAAUCUGCUGUCAUAACCAUGCCUCGUGUGCCAUCUGUGGACGCCUCAUUUAUCCAUACGCUCCAUGGUAACUUCGUCGAUAACGCUGGUCGUACCCUUCUGCUGCGCGGAGUGAACCUAUCUGGUUCAUCCAAGGCACCCGUGAACCAGCCUUCCCAGGUCCUAGAUGGAUUCUGGGAAGAAGCAAAGACUGGCAGUGAGAGUUUCGUAGGCCGACCGCUGAAGCUGGAUGACGCGGACGAGCACCUCGCCCGCCUGCGAGGUUGGGGUUUCAAUAUGUUGCGAUUUCCUAUAACUUGGGAAGCCCUAGAACAUGCAGGACCGGGGAAAUAUGAUUAUGAGUUUAUGGAUUAUACAAUAGAGAUACUACGGAAAUGCAAAGCGCACGGGUUCAAAGUUUAUAUGAAUCCUCACCAAGACACCUGGUCUCGUUUUUCAGGCGGUUCAGGAGCACCUUAUUGGACACUUGUUGCAUGCGGUUUUAAUCCAUCCGCAUUCAGUGCCACACAAGCAGCUAUAAUUCACUGCGAGUAUCCCACUCCCGCGUCUCGCAACCCCGCAGAAUUGCCUGCCAUGAUAUGGUCAACAAACUACGGCAGACUUGUCUCGCACACCAUGUUCGCGCUCUUUUUCGGUGGCUCCACGUUCGCCCCGAAAUGCAUCAUCGACGGGGUGAACAUUCAGGAAUACCUUCAGACGCACUUCGCAAACGCUUUUGGAAAGUUGGCGGAGCGAGUGGCUGCAGCUGGGGACCUUCUUGACGAAGUUGUCAUUGGGUGGGACAGCAUGAACGAGCCAGCAGAAGGGCUCAUCUCAUGGAAUGACCUCAACGCGUAUCCGGUGGAACAGGGUUCCACACUCAAGAAGGGCACUGUUCCGUCACCAGCGCAGAGCUUCCGUCUUGGUAUGGGCCAGGUGCAGACACUUGACAACUACACUUUUGGCUCUAUGGGUCCAAAACGUGAUGGCAGUGUCACCAUCGACCCUAACGGUGUCAAGGCGUGGUCAGAUCCCUCCACGGAGCCCGGAGGCAUCCACCCACGCUGGGGCUGGAGACGCGACCCUGGUUGGACGCUUGGUACAUGCGUAUGGGCUUUGCACGAUGUAUGGGACGUGCAGAGUGGAUAUGUCAUGCAGCCGGAUUAUUUCGCACGUAUUCCAGGAACAGAAGAACCCGCACGUUUUCUGCACACCUUCUUCCUUCCCCAAUGUGCUCUUUACCUGAAGGCAGUUAGAGCGCACCAUCCACAAGCCAUCGCGUUCGUGCAGCCCCCCGUGUUUGCACGGCCUCCUCCGAUACCAGAGGAGAUACUGCAGGGCAGGGCAUGCUAUUCAACGCAUUAUUACGAUGGCCUGACACUCGUUACACGCCACUGGAACUGGUUCAACGCUGAUGCCCUUGGUCUCCUGCGGGGAAAAUAUUCAACCCAGAUACAAGCUUUGCGCAUAGGUGAACGCGCCAUACGGAACAGCCUUCAGAGCCAGCUCGGCUACUUGAAGGCAGACGCAACGCAACUAGGUGCGCUUCCACCUACCGGCCCAGCACGAUACCCAACUAUCAUUGGAGAAAUUGGGACGCCUUUCGAUAUGGAUGCCAAGCGCUCGUAUGGAUACACCGAUAGUGGCAAAUACAAGGGUGAUUACUCGCGACAAGAGCGUGCGCUUGAUGCAAGUUUGAACGCGGCGGACGGCGAGAACUGCUUGAACUGGACGGUGUGGACGUACUGCCCUGAUAGUUCGCACCCUUGGGGGGAUGGGUGGAACAUGGAGGAUCUCAGCUUAUGGUGUAAUGACGACUUGCGCGCAGGAGAAAUGGGAAGGGUCCCGGGCAUCCAGACGCCGUUCAAAUCGUCACUGACCAUAUCAACUCUUCCAGUAUAUUCUUCGCUUUACGCCAACUCUAGUGUCGAAGAAGGCGAACCUGUGAAGUGCGAACCCGCGUCUCUCCUAUCGUUCCUUACGAACGGUGCCCGUGCCGUGCGCGCUUUCUGUCGUCCGUGGCCAAUAGCGGUCGUUGGUACCCCUACGAACAUCCAGUUCGACAUCUCCAAAGCGACCUUCCGCCUUACUCUCAAGGUCAACGCAGAGGAUAUACCUGUUGACGAAGACGAUGAUAUCGUACCUGCAAAGAAAGGAUUGUACAAGGAUAGUUCCUUGCCCACUGAGAUUUUCUUACCUCUCGUCCAUUUCGCCUCGGAUGCUUGCGUGAGCAAAGCUCUCGGAAGGGAUGAGCCGCGGUUCAUCAGGAACGACGACACCUCGCGCGUAUACGUCAUCGACGCUCACUCUUCCUUUGACUUCUCAAGCUGCGCUAGUCGCCAGUCAUAUUCAAGGAUGACUCGUACGACAUCGCUGUCACUGCAUCCUGAGGGCCGCGUGGAGCUUCUCGCAUCAGAGCAGAAGCUUCUCUGGUUCUACACUGUGCCAACGGGGGAGAAGGAAGACAAGGAGCUGACGAUAGAAGUGCGCCGUUCAUCAGGCGCCAUCAAGGCCAGCGCACUCGGGCUUGGAUAUACCACUGAGAGCAGAGCGAGAGAUGGGUGCGCUGGAUGGCUGGAGCAGGCGGGGUUGUUGGGCGAAGGGUGGUGCCCUCAGGGUUGUUCGAUCAUGUGA